CCAUAGACGCCCAACGAAUGAUAUAUAUAUAUAUAUACAGGCAAGGAGAGCGUAGUGAUGGCGUUUUCUCAACGAAUCGUUCCUGGUUUUGUGGCGGUGGUGCUGCUGUUGAUCAGUCAUGCAGGCUGUGUCCAGGACCAAGCUCCAGGAGAUGGUGUAGCGAUAUGUACUGAGGAGAUCGUUAAUGGAGAGCCCAAUCCGUUCUUUGCUAACCGCCCAGUGUACUCUGUCAAUGAACGACCUCUCAUGGACUCCAGAGACUAUAACCGCCUGCUUCAGGAGAGUGGCGAUGCGUAUGUACCGUGGCAGAUGCUGGAUAGGGACAAUAACAAUACAAACAUGGUUGUAACUGAGUGGACUCAAACUGGAUCAUCCACAUGUGAAGGGAGAGUGACAGUGUGUGGAUUCAGUGAGGGAGCACAAGAGAACUGGCUCAUCACACAGCACAUCAACACAGUGCUACCAGGAGGAGGAGGAGAGAGACUGAGGAAAGUGACUGUUCAGUUUGAGGGAGCUCUAAAUGGAUGUGACAUCAGUAGACAGUGCAGACAGAGUUUUGAACUAUACAAGUGGGAGACUUCAGCCAUUGACAGAAAUGGAGCUACUAACGCCAACAAUUAUGUCAGAGUUGGUCGAGUCUCUCCUGAUGUUACUAAUGGAGUUGUCCUUUGUUGACUCCCAUGAUAUUGAAUUGGGUACCACAGGUGGUUUUUACUUGGGAGUUGUUGACUUGAGCACUUGUGUUACUCUCACAAGAAUUCUAGUUCUCUACUAUGUGUGUCCAGAGGAGACAUCAGAACUCAUCUCCAGACCUGAGGCAAUUGAAUCCCAGUCUCUGGAAGGCUCACCUUCAGUGGAGGGAGAGUGUGUAGAGAACAGUUCCACAGAGUCUGGGGCUAAUCCUAUUCUCAUAUGUGGUCCUAGGGGACAGUGGCAGGUUAUAAAACCUUGUCUCUGUAAUCCUGGAUAUCAGCUAAACAGUAGUCAGGACCAGUGCUCAGAGUGUCCAGAAGGAACCUUCUCAUCGGGACUGGGUAAUGGACCAUGUGAGACAUGUCCAGCUAACAGUGAGGGGACUGGAACUGCUCUGAACCUCUGUCCAUGUGUCCAGGAUUACUACAGAGCUCCUUACGAAGGGCCAUAUGUCCCCUGUACAAAGUCUCCAGGACCUCCAUCUGAUCUCAGAGUGUCAAAUGUGACCAACACAUCAGCUGUCCUCUCCUGGUCUCCUCCUGAUAAUAGUGGAGGGAGACCUCUCUAUGAGAUAGUCUACACCGUCACUGCCACUGACAGAGGAGGAAGUGGGGAAGAGAGAGUGGUGGUGAGUGAGGUGAAUGAUACAGAGACCAUUGUGACUGGACUGACUCCUGGUGUCCUCUACACAUUCUCUGUAUCUGCUGAGAAUGAUGUCUCCUCUCAGGAUUCCAAUAUCAAUGGCAGGAAUCUCAGUACCACUGCCAACACUCAGGAAGGAGUUGGAGGGACAGUGACAGACUUUGUGGUGGAAGAGAAUGGAGUGUUGAGCUGGUCUUCUCCAGUUCCUCCCAAUGGAGUCAUUCUCUACUACAAUGUCAUCAUAUCCACAGCUGACUCUGGGCAACUGGUCACCAGAGUUGAGGAGUUGGAAGUCUUGACUAUUGAUGUCUCCAACUACGGAGAGAUCAACAUGGACUACAAUCUUACUAUUUUUACUCCUCUGUACACGAUACCCAAUUUAAAAGCUUUGGGUGCAGGCAGUGACGUCAGUAGGAGGAGGGGAUUUCUCAUUCCAGUGACAGUAUCUCUGAGAGAGCCGUCACCUGACUCCAACUCUGGGUCCAGUUCUAAUGAAGCAGAGUGUCCAGAAGGAACCUUCUCAUCAGGACUGGGUAAUGGACCAUGUGAGACAUGUCCAGCUAACAGUGAUGGGACUGGAACUGCUCUGUCCCUCUGUCCAUGUCUCCAGGACUACUACAGAGCCCCUUAUGAGGGUCCGUCCGUCCCCUGUACACAGUCUCCAGGACCUCCAUCUGAUCUCAGAGUGUCAAAUGUGACCAACACAUCAGCCAUCCUCUCCUGGUCUCCUCCUGAUAAUGAUGGAGGGAGACCUCUCUAUGAGAUAGUCUACACUAUCAUUGGCCUGGACAGAGGAGGGAGUGGAGGAGAGAGAGUGGUGGUGAGUGAGGUGAAUGAUACAGAGACCAUUGUGACUGGACUGACUCCUGGUGUCCUCUACACAUUCUCUGUAUCUGCUGAGAACGAUGUCUCCUCUCAGGACAACAAUAUCGAUGCCAGGAGUCUCAGUGCCACUGCCGACACUCAGGAAGGAGUUGGAGGGACAGUGACGGAGUUUGUCGUGGGAGAGAAUGGAGUGCUGAGCUGGUCUUCUCCAGUUCCUCCCAAUGGAGUCAUUCUCUACUACAAUGUCGUCAUAUCCACAGCUGACUCUGGGCAACUGGUCUCCAGAGUUAAGGAGUUGGACGUCUUGACUAUUGAUGUCUCCGACUACGGAGAGAUGAACAUGGACUACAAUGUUACUGUGCAGGCAGUGACUUCAGUUGGAGGAGGAGAUUUCUCAUCUCCAGUGACAGUAUCUCUGAGAGAGCCGUCACCUGACUCCAACUCUGGGUCCAGUUCUAAUGUCAUUGCUGCUGCAGUUGUAGCCGUCACUCUCACUCUUGGUCUCAUUGUGACUGCUCAAUGUGCCUAUAUCUGCUGGACAAAGACAAAGAUGAAAAAUAGAAAUAUAGAACAGACAUCUUCUUCUGGUGUAAAAAACUCAGAUAUGCCGGGUCCACCUAUGGAACUAUUACAGGAAAAGUCGGAGGAUGGGAUGGAGAUUAUGGAGCGCAACAAAGCAUAUGGCAUUCACAAGGCGCCUGGACAUAAUAUGAGAGUUCAAGUUCCUGUGUAUCCCAAUGAAGCAUAUUCUGUGUGUAAGGGUGGCACACACGAAGACCCAGAGUAUGAACUGGUUAAUUAGACUACGAAGACUAUUAAACAGCUUGCAUUGUUUAUUUUGUGUGUAGUUCUUAUCAAGAAAGUGUGUCUGUCAGGCUCCUGUUAUAAUCUACAUCUGUAACAUUAUGAUGUGAAGCAAUUGCCAAUCAGUGAGA